CAUAUUUAAUACAUCGUAGGUUGUGAUCACAGCUAGCUAGCAAUUUAGCUCCCUAUCUGUAACUUUGAUAUUAUACAAAGCUAUAACUAUAUAAUCGAUAUGAACGUCAUUGAUCAUGUACGAGAUAUGGCCGCCGCGGGACUUCACUCCAACGUUCGGAUAAUGAGUAGCUUAUUACUGACAAUGAGCAAUAACAAUCCAGAGCUUUUCUCACCAUCCCAGAAGUACCAGUUAUUGGUUUACCAUGCAGAUGCCAUUUUCCAUGACAAGGAAUACCGUAAUGCUGCCUGUAAGUACAAUAUGGCACUGCAGCAAAAGAAAGUUCUCAGCAAAACUUCCAAAGUGCGCCCAUCUUCCGUGGGAACGGCAUCAUCCAUGCAGUCACAGAGUUUGCCUUCAGAGAUUGAAGUGAAAUAUAAGAUUGCAGAGUGCUACACCAUCCUGAAGCUAGAUAAGGAUGCUAUUGCGGUGCUUGAUGGAAUUCCAUCUAGACAGAGAACUCCAAAGAUCAACAUGAUGCUAGCUAAUCUGUACAGGAAGGCUGGGCAAGAACGUUCUGCUGUCACAAGCUACAAAGAGGUUCUUAGACAGUGUCCUCUGGCCCUGGAUGCCAUCAUUGGUCUCCUCUCUCUGUCAGUGAAGGGAGCUGAGGUGGCGUCCAUGACUAUGGAUGUGAUUCAGAGUAUCCCUAACCUGGACUGGCUCUCUGUGUGGAUCAAAGCAUACGCCUUCAUACAUGCGGGUGACAACCACAGAGCAAUCAACACCAUAUGCUCGCUGGAGAAGAAGUCUUUACUACGGGACAACGUGGACCUGCUGGUGAGCCUGGCAGAUGUCUACUUCAGGGCAGGUGACACAAAGAACUCAAUCCUGAAGUUUGAGCAGGCUCAGAUGCUGGACCCUUAUCUGAUAAAAGGUAUGGAUGUAUAUGGCUACCUUAUGGCACGUGAGGGACAUCUAGAGGAUGUUGAGGUCUUGGGAGGAAGACUCUUCAACAUAUCAGACCAGCAUGCAGAGCCCUGGGUUAUAUCUGGAUGUCACAGCUUCUAUAGUAAGCGGUACUCCCGGGCCCUGUACCUUGGUGCCAAGGCCAUCCAGCUGAACAGCAACAGUGUGCAGGCCCUCCUCUUAAAAGGUGCAGCUCUAAGGAACAUGGGCAGAGUGCAGGAAGCGAUCAUCCACUUCAGAGAGGCCAUGCGCCUGGCACCCUGCAGACUGGACUGCUAUGAAGGUCUGAUUGACUGUUACCUGGCUUCCAAUGGGAUCCGAGAGGCAAUGGGGAUGGCCAAUAACAUCUAUAAGACCCUGGGAGCGAAUGCCCAGACCCUGACCAUCCUGGCAACCGUCUGUCUGGAGGACCCUGUGACUCAGGAGAAGGCUAAAACUCUGCUGGACAAGGCGCUAGCUCAGAGGCCUGACUACACCAAGGCGGUUGUCAAGAAGGCAGAGUUGCUAAGUCGUGAACAGAAAUAUGAGGAAGGGAUUGCUCUCCUUCGAAAUGCCUUGGCCAAUCAAAGUGACUGUGUGCUGCACAGGAUGCUGGGGGAUUUCUUGGUGGCGGUCAAUGAUUAUCAAGAGGCAAUGGACCAGUACAGUAUAGCACUUAGCCUGGACCCGAAUGACCAGAAGUCUCUGGAAGGAAUGCAGAAGAUGGAGAAGGAGGAGAGCCCGGCCGAUGCCACUGUGGAACUGGAUGGGGACGACAUGGAGGGCAGUGGGGAGGAUGGAGACCUGGAAGGUAGUGACAGUGAGGCAGCGCAGUGGGCAGAUCAGGAGCAGUGGUUUGGCAUGCAGUGACCCAGACCUACUGUAGGAGGGGCACAAGACACACUGGGUCCAUGAUGUAGUGCCCCCCCCCACCCCUCACCCAGGGUGUAUGUAAAAUGAGGGUGUCUAUGACGCCAUCCCAGGAUUAUACUGUAUAGAUGUCACCGGGCCCUCCUCACUGGGACGUUACCAUUGUUUUACUCCACUGACAUGGGCAGGUCUUGGUGACGUGUGGAAGACGGUCCCUGCCGUUAUGUAUUCGGACUGCUUAGCCCCUCCCUGUUUCCUUAAAACCAGGCCGUUCAUGUGUCCACCCUGUUUAGGUGAUAGAUUAAAUUGUAACUAGCCUAUUGAGGUCUUGACCCAUCAGGGGAUGUGGUGAGGAUUUAGGAUUGUAAGCCCAUUUCCCCCAGGGGUUUGUCAUUACUGUUUGGUUAAAAUUGUAUUCACUCAGGGUUAAAAGGGGUGUGCUGUGUUCAUCAGGAACCAAACAGAUGCAAACGAAAAACAGUACAUACCUGAAUUGUUCCAGUAGAAGCUAUUUUUCAUUUGAAAUGUUUUGGACUAAUGAUUAUACAUCAGGAGUACACUUUGGAUUUCACCUAUCAGAUAGGCAUACAGAGAAUGAAUAAAACAAAUUGGGUUGGAUACUCCCAUCCUAUUUCUAUUCUGUUUGAUUGGUGGAAUCCAUGUAACAUUUAGAAGGGUUCCUUUAGCCCUAUAACAUUUACAUUUAUUAACAUGCUUCUUUUAAGAACGAUGUGUAAAAGGAGACACUCCCUUUUGAAUUCUGAUGACCUGAGGCCUUUCAAUGUUUGUGUCAAUCAUGGAGUCAUUUCCUAUACAUUUUAGUAAUUUAUGACCUAGAGGUUAAACUGUUUGGUCAGUAGCCCAAAUCCCCACCCCCCAAACAGCAGCGUAAAUACUCAUUUAAUUAGGUCUAGCAGAGCAUCUGCUAAAUUACAGUGAAUGUAGAUUUAACAGAAGCUCUUGUCCAGAGCAACUUCAUAGUGCUUUCUUCCUACUGGUUCUACCAACUGAGCCACACAGGACUAUAUUUGACUCCCAUUUUUUGCAAAGUAUUGUUAUGGAAUUUUUCAGUGCAAGUGUUUAUAAUCAUGUAUUGUCUAUUGUAUAUAUGUUAAAGGUAUCAAAUAAAAUAACAGUACGUAGUCUGA